UUUCCUAUCCAGAGAUGGAAGUCAAGGGGACAACAUCAGUGCCUACAAAGCUGACAAUACAGUAGGCAGGCUCUGUCGUUGAAUUUAAAGAGUUAAAACCAUCAAGUAUACAAUUGCUAGAAAGGAUGUGAGAAGAGGAGAAGCACAGAGGAACUUCCUCUUUUGAAUCGCUCAUGGGAAAAAGGUGGUGUGCAGGGAGGCUUUUGUCAUCUUCCACAGCUGGAAGCAGCAGCUGGAAGGUGAAUUGAAGGCAGGUGGGAGAAGAGUCCAGGAGCAAGUCGGGUGGUUUGGUUUCCUCCAUGAUGUGGCAGCGGAGAAGCAACUGGGCCGAAGCUUGUCAGGUGCUGCUGCUGCUGCAGUUCCUUCCCUCCCCAACAGAUGGCUGAAAUGUUCUGCUGACAAAGAAGAUGGCAAUAAGAGCACUCGGGGCAACUGUAAAUAACAAGCAACGUUGAAAAGAGAAGAAAAUCGAGCCAGAAAUCAAAAUAUUAUUUAUCAUUCAGCAAAAGAGGGAAAUAUCUGAGGAAACUGUCAAUAGUAAAGCCACCUAGAGCAGACAGGAAUGCAGGCCUGUCCCUGUAAGGAAGAAAACGGCCUGAAUCAAAGUACCACUAAACAAAGCAUUGUCCAUAUUUUUGACCUCCUCAAGAAUAUUAGCUGUGGAAAAUCUUCAUAGAUUUGCCUAUUAUGGGAAAAGCACAGAUUGCAAAUAACAGCUGAUUACGCAACAAGGAGCUUAACAGGAGAAAAUAAUCAUACACAUGAUCUCAAUGUAGCAAAACCUGGUCAGAACAUCUCCCUUGUGGUUGUGUCUAGAUUGUGGGAAAAGCUUCAUUAGAAAUUUCCAUCUCAGACAGCAUAGAAUUGACACAAAAAACACCAUUUGAAUGUCCUUUCUGUGGGAAAAGUUUCAGUCAGAAUUCUAGCCUCAUGAUACACCAGAGGAGUAUCACAUAGGAGAAAAAUUCUUUGAAUGUCCCGACUGUGGUAAAACUUUCAGUUGUAAUUCCAAUUUGAUGAUACACCAGAGGAAUCUCAAAGGAGAAAAACCCUUUCAAUGUCCUGAUUGUGGGAGAAGUUCCAGUCAUAAUUCCAGCCUGGUAAUACAUCAGAGAAUUCACUCCAUGGAGAAACACUAUGAAUGUCAAGAUUGUGGGAAAGGUUUCAUUAGAAGUUUCCACCUCUUGAGACACCAGAGUACUCACACAGGAGAGAAAGCCUUUUAUUGUCUUAUCUGUGGAAAAGGUUUUACUCAGAAUUCCCACCUCAUGAGACACCAGAGGAUUCACACAGGAGAGAAACCCUUUGAAUGUUGUGAUUGUGGGAAAUGUUUCAAUAGAAAUUCCCAUCUCAUAAUACACCAGAGGACUCACACAGGAGAGAAACCCUUUGAAUGUCCUAUCUGUGGGAAAUGUUUUGGUGAUAAUUCCAGCCUGGUGAAACACCAGAGGACUCACACAGGAGAGAAACCCUUUGAAUGUCCUGACUGUGGAAAAUGUUUUAGUCAGAAUUACCACCUCAUAAAACACCAGAGGACUCACACAGGAGAGAAACCCUUUGAAUGUCCUAUCUGUGGGAAAGGUUUUAGUGAUAAUUCCAGCCUGGUGACACAUCAGAGGAUUCACACAGGAGAGAAACCCUUUGAAUGUCCUAUCUGUGGGAAAGGUUUUAGUGAUAAUUCCAGCCUGGUGACACAUCAGAGGACUCACACAGGAGAGAAACCCUUUGAAUGUCCUAUCUGUGGGAAAUGUUUUAGAGAUAAUUCCAGCCUGGUGAAACACCAGAGGACUCACACAGGAGAGAAACCCUUUCAUUGUCCUAUCUGUGGGAAACAUUUUAGUCAGAAUUCCCACCUCAUAAGACACCAGAGGACUCACACAGGAGAGAAACCCUUUCAAUGUCCUAUCUGUGGGAAAUGCUUUAGUGAUAAUUCCAGCCUGGUGACACAUCACAGGAUUCACACAGGAGAGAAACCCUUUCAAUGUCCUAUCUGUGGGAAAAGUUUUAUUGAUAAUUCCACGCUAGCAAGACACCAGAGGACUCACACAGAAAGGAAACCUUUUCAGUGUCCUGAUUGUGGGAAACAUUUCAUUAGAAAUUCCCAUCUCAUGAGAUACCAGAGGACUCACACAGGAGAGAAACCCUUUGAAUGUCCUGAUUGUGGGAAAUGUUUCAUUAGAAUUUCCAUCUCAGACAGCAUAGAAUUGACACAAAAACACCAUUUGAAUGUCCUUUCUAGGAUUCACACAGGAGAAAAAUUCUUUGAAUGUCCCGACUGUGGUAAAACUUUCAGUUGUAAUUCCAAUUUGAUGAUACACCAGAGGAAUCUCAAAGGAGAAAAACCCUUUCAAUGUCCUGAUUGUGGGAGAAGUUCCAGUCAUAAUUCCAGCCUGGUAAUACAUCAGAGAAUUCACUCCAUGGAGAAACACUAUGAAUGUCAAGAUUGUGGGAAAGGUUUCAUUAGAAGUUUCCACCUCUUGAGACACCAGACUGUCCCCAUGAUGGAGACAGGGAGCUGA